CUCCCGGUAGCCACGACACGACGACGUCAAGCGGACCCACCCUGUCUAGCUCGACCUCCCGACGAAACGAAACGAAAGGGAAAAGAAACCCUCGCCGCCGCCCUCUCCCCGGUCGCCGCACCGCUUGCCCUCCCAGCACCCGUAUCUCCCUGCCGCGCUCGUUGCCCCGCUCGGAGGAACCGUCCUGGCCCCGGGCUGCCGCGCGCGCCGGUUGCCUGCCCUUCCUGCUCGGAUCCUGAGAGGGCUCUCUGUUUCGACGGCGGCGGCGUUCCUGUUUUCACCGGCGUGAUUCGAUUCGAUUCAAGCCGCUGCCGGAUCCUCCUGUGGCUAAGUAGUAGUUCUAGGGUUCCGCAAGUUCCUAUAGUUGUAAAGGCAAUCAAUAUUGUUUUUUUUCCUUUUAGUUAUUUCUUAGUUUUCUCUUCUGGUUUUUUUUUUUCGUUCUUGAUUUGUUGAUGUCAACUGAGAAACUGACCGUACUCAGACAUUUCUUUACCCCCACUUUUCCAUUCUUUACGUUGCACAUAUGCUGUUAAUUCAAUAAAUUCUCCUUCAAUGUUACAUCUGACGGUAGGAGAAAAGGAAAAGAGAAAUUAGUGCCGAGGUAGUGAAGGAGAAAAGAAAGAUCAAUUUUACAUUUUACAAAAGAUAGUAAAGUGAGGAGAAUUUAUAGUUUUCUGAGAUUGAUUGUGGGAAGGAGGGUUACUGAGAGUUGACUUGUGCAAUGUCGAUGAAGAAGAGCAAUAAUGGUUAUCUUGGCGUCACUGAGCCGAUCUCACUAAGUGGACCAACUGAGAAGGAUGUUAUGCAGACAGCUGUGGUCGAAAAGUAUCUUACAGACGCAGGCCUCUAUGAGAGCCAAGAAGACGCUGUCUCACGAGAAGAGGUUUUAGGCAAGCUGGACCAGACUGUCAAAGCUUGGAUUAAGAAGGCUACUAGGAUCAGUGGAUAUGGUGAGCAAUUUGUGCAAGAAGCUAAUGCAAAGAUCUUCACAUUUGGUUCCUACCGUCUUGGGGUACAUGGUCCAGGUGCAGACAUUGACACACUAUGUGUUGGUCCAAGACAUGCUACUCGAAACGAGUACUUCUUCCGGUGGCUUCAUGAUAUGCUAGCUGACAUGCCAGAAGUUUCGGAGUUACAUCCUGUACCAGAUGCUCAUGUUCCAGUUCUUGGAUUCAAACUUAAUGGGGUCUCUAUUGACCUUCUAUAUGCAAAUCUUGCACAUGUGGUAAUUCCUGAGGGCCUAGAUCUCUCUCAGGAUUCCAUACUGCACAAUGUUGAUGAACAGACUGUUCGUAGUUUAAAUGGCUGUCGAGUUACUGAUCAAAUUUUAAAGUUGGUCCCAAACAUUCCGAGUUUCCGUACAACCUUAAGAUUCAUAAGAUAUUGGGGAAAGUGCCGCGGGGUUUACUCAAAUGUUAUGGGAUUUCUAGGUGGUAUAAACUGGGCAAUUCUGGUUGGUCGUAUAUGUCAAUUGUACCCAAAUGCUUCGCCUAGCAUGUUGAUAUCUCGGUUUUUCAGAGUUUACAGCAACUGGAAGUGGCCCAAUCCUGUUAUGCUUUGCCAUAUCGAGGAGGGUUCUCUUGCUCUCCCUGUGUGGGAUCCUAGAAGAAAUUUUAGAGACAGGGGCCAUCACAUGCCUAUUAUUACACCUGCUUACCCUUGUAUGAAUUCUAGCUAUAAUGUAUCUAGUAGUACUCGGUAUGUGAUAGUCCAAGAAUUCACACGAGCGUUUGAGAUUUGUGAGGCAAUAGAUGAUGGAAAAGCAGACUGGGAUGCAUUGUUUGAGCCGUAUCCAUUUUUUGAAUCAUAUAGAAAUUAUCUAGAGGUUAAAAUCACUGCAAGAAAUGAAGAUGACCUCAGGAAUUGGAAAGGCUGGGUGGAAUCUCGCCUUCGUACUCUUGUAUUAAAGAUUGAGCGAUAUACACAUGAGAUGAUCCUUGCACAUCCUUAUCCCAGAGAUUUCUCAGACAAAUCCAGGCCAUUACAUUGCUUUUACUUCAUGGGUCUUUGGAGAAAACAAACUGUCCAAGCUCAAGAAGCUGAGCAAUUUGACAUCAGGGGAAUUGUAAAUGAGUUUAAGAACUCUAUUUGUGCAUAUAUACAUUGGAAAGAAGGAAUGAAUAUUGAAGUGUCCCAUUUAAAAAGAAAAGAAAUCCCUUUGUUUGUUUUUCCUGGUGGAGUACGUCCUUCACGUUCUUCCAGAACAGCACACAAGAACAAUCGUACUGUACCUAGACAUGAUGUUUCAGCUGAUGGUCAGAUAGGAAAUCAAUUGGGCACUGUGAGUUGUAGUGAGGCUCAACCUCCACCAUACGAAGGCAGCUAUAUAAACCAACUGGAGCCUGGUGCUUCUGGUGGCUAUCAGUUGCCGGGGAGCACUUCUGCAUCAGCUUCCAGUUUACCCAGUAAAGAAGCUUUGAAUGGGCAUGUUAAUUUUCACACAGAAUCGCUUGAGCAUGAACAUCCAGGGCACUGUCAGGAAAGUACGUCAUCUCCUGUGAAGAAUGCUGUGUGCGAUGUAGUCAAGCAACCUAACAGUAUGCUGCCUAAUUCAAGCAAUGGCUGGCAAACAAAUGGUUUUGCUUCGGUUUUUAAAAGUUCACAAAUAGAAGCAGACAGUGCUGCAAAUAACUUGAUGAGUUUAUCACCAGCUAUUGCAGCCGAACCUGAUGAAAUUGAUGAGCUGACAUCCCAUCAAGUUAAGGCUAAUCAGAAAGAUGUAAAUGCUGAUCAGAGACCAUCUUUGGAGGGAUGUUCUGAAAAGAGCAUGGGGCAAACAUGCCCUCUGAUGUCCCAUGGUUAUAAUCAUUUGAAGCGCAAGGUCACUGAAGAGCUUGAGCCACUUGAGCUUGCUGCCCCUUUAGUUGGUGCUCCUCCUGCGUUAACAUCAACUGUCCAAAGAAAGCCCCUCAGGCUGAGAUUGACGACUGUGGCCAAAGCGAAGCCUGCUGAAGGAAGUUCCUGAAUCCAGUUUGCCCAGGAGCCAACAUAUGGAGGACUUCAUUUUUCCUUGUAUGGAAGCAAGGAUUUGUCAUAGUGCAGGGCUUGCUUUUGCGCUGCAUCUUAGCAACUGAAAGAAGAAAACAGAGACCACCAGGUGGAACUAAGGCAAUUGGAAUAAAUGUGUUUAUAUAUUGACAUAGCUGUACUCAUUGACUCCAGUCUCUUUUUUUCCUUUUUGUGUCUCCUGAUGCGGUGGAACUGGCAAAUGAAUCAAAUACAUCUGUUGUUUUUGUA